GAGUAAACCCCAAAAAACAGAGUGUACUGAGUGAAAGCCUUACUCUGUUUUUUUUUUACAUUUUUUUGUUUACAAACAGAGCAAUGUCGAGCUCAUCAAUUACCUUCUCCUCAUUUGCCGUUGUGGGUUUGAUCCUCCUCUUCGCCGCCGGACCCGCUUCCGCCCGGAUUCAAAUCCCGGCGAACGAAUCCGUGCCGGCGGCUUUAGUGUUCGGCGAUUCAAUCGUCGAUACGGGGAAUAACAACAAGAUCCUUACUUCCCCUGCCAAGUUCCCUUUGGUCAUCAUAUUCCUUCUGAUCAUCUUAUACGCCGUACCUGCCAGUGCAGCCAUUCUGGCGCUGUACGUUCUCAUCACUGUUCUGUUUGCCUUACCGUCGUUUCUCAUACUCUAUUUUGCUUAUCCCAGUUUUGAUUGGCUUGUCAGUGAAAUCAUCACUUGAUAUCAUGGUAUUUGCCAGCUACUUCAUAAUUCGAUGACUUUACGAGGCUCAAAUGUGGAUCGCCAUUGUGUAUCUAUGUAGAUUAUAUAUGAGCUUUUGUAAUGAAUCUCUUCUGCUUGCUCCCCAUUGGUAUAGGGUGUAUGUUGGCAGCAGAGGUACUGGAGGCAGAAGCCAUCUUCUGCACUGUACUGGUUUCUGGUCAUUUAGAGAGAUCUCUUUAUGUAAGACAAGUUUGUGGUGAUAGUGGAUUAGGGAAAUUGGUUUCGCAUAUAUGUGUGAUUAAAUGCUACCAUGCUAG